AGAUGCUCCUGACUUACUAAAGUUCUUACGAUGUGUGCUUCGAGGGCUGCGCAAGUAUAAAAACCCUCACGACUUUGACACAUCGACAGGCGGUCACCUUCUGGAUUACAAUCAUGCAGCUCUCGUCUAUUUUCAGGACGCUUAUGUUCUUUGUCGCUAUUGCUACUGCAUAUCCCUCACCAGACUUGGGGACGAAACAAACUUCUUUGGCUAAGCGUGAGGGGCUUGACUUUGACCUCGCUCACCAGUUGAACGUUAGGGCGCCUGACGUUUCAGCGCCCAACGAUCCUGACGACCCUGUCAUGCCUAACGAUCCUUUUGAGUCUAAUUAGAAUGACCGAUGAAGGGUGACGAGCAAUGUGAAGAGUAAGUUAACUAACCUCUCCUUCCGUUGGGCAUUCAGAACUACUAAGAACUCAACCUUUAGUGCUCGGAAUGCCUCGCUAACCCGACGACAAUACCUGAAAACAGAAUCAAUUCAAUCACCACUCGGAGAGUC